UAUAGGAUACUAACUCCUUUGAGCCAACAGGUGUUGGAGGGGUGGUGCAGGUGAAGAAGGGAAGAAGGGUGCAUCACGUCGUCAUUCUGGAGCUAUACUGCUGCUUGUAGGUUCCUAUUAAUUCAUGCCGCCUCAAACUGCUCUCACCUUCGGUGAUCUGUACUGUAUCCGAGUCUGUGCUAAUAGAGAAAUCUUUCUAUUACAUAGAGCUGAAAAAGAGAAGAGCGGCUGCAUGGGAAUGGUCGAGGAGGAGAGAGAAGAUGUAGGAGUAGAGAGAGCGGACGGAGCGGCGAAGGCGAAGAGAGCAGAGAGGAAACAACCGAGAUGAAAAAGAAAAUGUAGAAGAAUUAAAAUUUAUAGCGGAUGCCGGACCGCCGAUGGCAGAAGAAAAGACAAGUGGAAAAGCAAGCGCCGAAGAAAUCGACGACGUGAGACACGCCACUGCGCUCCGCACAUUGACUACGAAGCUAUAAAAAAAGAAAAAGGAAAAAAGAAAGGGCAUGGAGGUGGGAGGGGAAGUGGGAGAAGAGACGGCGAGGCCUCUCAUGGAGGCAAAGGGCGGCAGGCGGCCUCCGUCGCAGCCGUCGAUUUUGGUGGUGGUGGCGAGCACCGCCGUCGCCGUCGCCGGCUCCUUCGUGUUCGGGAUGUCGGUGGGAUAUUCUUCUCCAUCACAAUCUGGAAUUAUGUAUGAUCUUGACCUUUCAUUAGCGGAGGCAAUGGCAAUAUCAGAUCUUUUCUGCAUUGCUGGAUGGCUUUCUAUAGUCUUCUCAAAGAACUUUUGGUGGCUUGAUGUUGGAAGGUUCUCUGUUGGAUGUGGUAUUGGUGUUUUUUCUUAUGUAGUUCCUGUAUAUAUAUCUGAGAUAACACCGAAGAAUCUAAGAGGAGGAUUUGCAACUGUGAACCAGCUAAUGAUAUGUUGUGGAGCAUCACUUAUGUAUGUCGUAGGCACAGUUUUGACCUGGCGUGUCUUGGCAAUAAUAGGACUUGCUCCAUGUUUACUGCAAUUACUAGGCCUUAUCUUGAUUCCUGAGUCUCCUAGAUGGCUGGCUAAGGUUGGCCAGCAUGAGGAGUUCGAAGCAGCGCUGAGAAGGCUAAGGGGAAAGGACGCUGAUAUCUGUGAGGAAGCGGAAGAAAUCAAAGAAUUCGCUGAAAACCUUCGGCGACUUCCACAGGGCUCUCUGUUUGAACUGUUUCAGAAGAAAUACCUUCACUCAGUAACUGUUGGAGUUGGACUAAUGGUACUUCAGCAAUUUGGAGGCGUUAAUGCAAUUGGCUUUUAUGCCAGUGAGAUAUUCGUUUCAGCAGGGUUCUCAUCAGGCAACUCUGGAAUGUUAGCGAUGGUCGCAGUUCAGAUACCGAUGACUACAUUAGGAGUAUUUCUAAUGGACAAAGCAGGAAGGAGACCCCUUUUGAUGGUUUCUGCAGCAGGGACAUGCUUGGGUUGUUUCCUAGUUGGAAUGUCCUUUCUAUCUAAGGAUCAAGAAUGGGUAAAAGAGCUGAAUAUGUUGCUCGCGUUGGCAGGAAUUUUGGUGUACACUGGAUCUUUCUCACUGGGCAUGGGUGGAAUACCAUGGGUUAUAAUGUCCGAGAUAUUUCCCAUAAAUGUGAAAGGCGUCGCGGGGAGCCUCGUGACUUUAGUCAGCUGGCUUGGCUCCUGGGUUGUUUCAUAUGCUUUCAACUUUCUCAUGAUGUGGAGUUCUGCAGGUACCUUCUUCAUGUUUGCAUGUAUUUGUGGUCUCACUGUUCUAUUUGUGGAGAGGCUAGUCCCAGAGACCAAAGGGAGGGCUCUAGAAGAGAUACAAGCUUCAUUGAACUUCUUUUAAUAAUAAUAAUAAUACAAAAAAGAAAAAUGUAUAAGUUCCCUAAGGGCCUGUUUGGAUAUCAUAGCAAGUUAUCCAGUUUGAACCUUUUUUGUGAUAGAGAGCUUCUAAGUUUGCUUCUUAGCUCCUUAGAGCAAACAUCUUGAUAUGCUUGGAAAAUAUAUUUCACCUGUGAGAUAAUUUAUCUUAUUCGGAACAAGUGAAUUAGAGGGAGAAUGUGGUAUGCCUUUGCAGUAUUAA